CUGACACGAUGGUCGACGGCCUGACCCUGCGCGACCGCUGCGCUGCGCUGCAAGCCUCGGUGGCGACGCUGCUGCUCGAGACACCGUCGAACACAUUUGGGCAGUUGGCCGAUGAGAUGGCCGCGAUUGCGUCGGACAUGGCUACCAAAGAAGCGGCGUUGCACCUUCAGGAAGCCCGCAUCGACGCCAAGCUCGAGUUGCUGGCCGAGAUCGCAGCCACCAAGACAACUUUGCAGGAGCCGAUCAAGGCCUCGGUGCGUGCAGAAGAUCCUACGCUACGCAAGAUCGUCACGCUCAACGUCGGCGGCACGCUCUUUACAACGGCACGCGAGACGCUGCUGCGUACGCGAGGCAGCUACUUUGACGCAAUGCUCUCGUCCGAGCACUGGCUACCAAACGAAAAAGGCGAGUACUUUCUCGAUGUGGAUCCUAGCACGUUUGCACGCGUCAUCAAGUACCUGCGCUCCGGUGCGCUCGACGUGAGCGGGCUCUCGGCAGCGGACAAAACCGAGCUCUGGGAGAUGUUUGACUACCUUCAGAUCAAGUGGCCAGUGCGGGUGUCAACGUCGAUCGAGGCGCCGCGAUUGCAUUGGGACUCGUCGCACUGCUCCGAAUUCAUUUCGCUCGACGAAAACAACAUGCAAGCUACGAGCUCCAAGAUCGUACGGGCCAACGUGCUUGGGUCGAUGCCCGUGACAACGUUCGCUGUGCGCGUACACCUCGGUGACAAUGUCGAAGUUGGCUUUUUGCCGCGGCACCAAUUUUCGCCCAAGGCCUCCGAGUGCGGAUGGUACUUUCACUGCGAGACGGGCACGAUUCGCUCGCGCGGCGUGCGUUUGACGGAGCCGAGUAUUAGUCUUGAGACCGGGUAUCGAUCCGUGUUCCUUCAGGUAACGUGGCAUCGGGACCAAGAGCGCAUCUCGUUUGCGGCCGACGGCGUGCCGCUCUCAAUCGGACUGCAAGACGUUCCCACCGACGUUCCGUUGUAUCCAUUUGCUCGAUUUUCGAUGUGCGACACGAGCGUCAAGCUUUUGCCCGUAUAAUCUGCGAUCAAGCAUCAAGAUUUUUCAUAGUAAACCAAGCUAGCAGCGAUAGUGUCGUCCUCUCCGACCAUAUCCUUGCAUCGACUACGCGAGUGUACUGUGCGAGCCGCACUACUCCUUCCCUCGCGCCGCCGAGAGAUAGAAUAUUUCAUGUGACAA